GGGGCUGCUAUAGUUAGUUUAUGGGGCAUAGUAGGGGAAUUAAGGGUUAUGGGGAAAAGGCAGAUAGAUGGCAAUGAGUCCAUGGUCACAUCAGCCAUGAUCUUAUUGAAUGGCGGAGCAAGCUCAAGGAGCCAGAUGGCCGACUCCUGCUCCUAUUUAUUAUGUUCUUAUGUUCAUAUUUAAACAGAAUCAAGGACAUGGGAGGAUAGAUGGUGCAGGUAAAGAAAGAAAAAGGGACAGAAAUGGAAUAUAAUUGGAUGAGUACAUUAAGAUUGAGAGAGAAGAACUUGAACAUUAGUGGAAGAGAGAAGUAAUAAAAAUAAAAAGCAGAAAUGAAGUGAAAACCAAGGAUGAACAGGGAAAAAUGGAUAUCGGAAGGAAUGGUUUCAUUCAAAGUUCAAAGAAACAGAACAGAACCCAUUAAAAAAACUCACACAGGAACAACCGCCCACGUGCAAAAAAAAAGAACAUAAGUUAACAAUUAACACACAGAACAUGAACCGCAGAAUCCUGAAAGUGAGUCCACGGGCAAGAAGACAGUUCAGCACUGCAGCUGAUCGAGCAGCCUGAUGGCUGCAAGACACAGGCACGGAGCCCGUUCAGCGCUGAGGUGAGUGAAGCUGCCCCAGGUGCCCGAUGGCUGCAGGCCAAAGCCACAGAGCAAGUGAGGUGAGUGAGUGAAUGUCAACAGCUACAAAGUCAGCUUUGCGCUGAGGCGAGUGAACCUCACAGAGCAGUGAGCUGAACACCGGUUUGUCCUUUGCUCUUGGCACCGACGUCCCAAUCCUUUCAACCUGGCUCGGCGCUUAAACUGGCCAAACAUCAAUUCAUUUGUUGCUCUUGGGUCCAGGACCAACUGCUUGUGUGAAGUCUAUGCCACCAUGCGAAAUUUGGACAAACAGAGAGAUCUUGUGGAUAUUGCUGGAAGUACACUGGGAAAAACGCUGGAGAUUAAACAGCUGGAUGUUUGCAGUGAAAAAUCUAUCCGAGACUGCAUCAACAGUAUCCCUAACAGGAAAAUCGAUAUACUCAUUAGCAAUGCUGGAAUGGGGAUGAUUGGACCCAUUGAGUGCCAAACCUUGGAUGAGAUGAAGACGGUUAUGGACACUAACUUCUUUGGGCUUGUUAGACUCCUUAAAGAAAUCUUGCCCGACAUGAAAAGGAGGAAGAGGGGCCACAUCGUGGUGAUCAGUAGUGUCAUGGGCAUUCAAGGGAUAUUAUUCAAUGAUGUCUAUGCUGCCUCGAAAUUUGCAGUGGAAGGAUUUUGUGAAAGUUUGGCAAUCCAGGCCAUCAAAUUCAAACUGAACAUAACUCUGAUCGAACCUGGUCCUGUGGUCACUGAGUUUGAGAAAAAGGUUUAUGAAGAAGGAAUGAAAAUUGAUUUGUCUGCCGCAGACCAAGAAACGAGGGACAUGUUCACAAACAUUUAUUUGCAAAACUAUAAGGAGAUAUUCUCAAGCCUGGGACAAAGUGCAGAUGAAGUGGCUGAGCAUACAAUGAAGAUCAUCCUGUCAGACAACCCACCGUUCCGUCACCAAACAAACACCCUUUAUACCCCCAUGACAACUCUGAAGUAUGCAGAUCCUAAUGGAGAUCUCCCCAUUGACACCUUCUACAAGAUGGUCUUCCAUCAUGACAAGAUCUUCCAUGCCAGCCUCAAUUUCAUUAAAUUGCUAAGGUGGAGAAGCAGGAAGAGUUUUAAUCUAGGUAAAGCAAGCAGUAAGGAGUAGCCAUAUUCACCACAACAAUGGAAAAGCUAGUAGUCAUCUCUUUUUAAUGUUAGUUCUUAGCCAAGUCUGCUUUUUUAAUUUAUUGAGAUACAGUGUGAAUAGGCCCUGCGAGUCACACCGCUCAGCAGUCACCUGAUUUAAUCCUAAUCACUGGACAAUUUACAACAACCUUCCAACCAGUACAUCUCUGGACUGUGGGAGAAAACCAGAGCACCCAGAAGAAACCCACGUGGUCACAGGGAGAAUGUAGAGACUCCUUACAGACAACAGAGGGAAAUCUCGGAUCGCUGUACUCCACGCUACCAUGCCACCUUCGUAAUACAGGCUUGAGGGAAUUGCCUCUGCUGUGAAGUGUGACUCAGCUCUCCAGAAGUGUUCAAACGACUGAUCACAUUUAAAGAAGUGAGGGAAAUUCGGGAAAGUCCUCAGACUUCUCACCAGCAGUGUUAGCAGUCCCACCCUUCCAAUGGGAAGGAGUCCUGAUUUUUGGGCUCAGGAUCGAUGGCACUGAGCGAAGAGCCUAAACAGACUGGAGCUCCAGUUUCCAAGUGGGUAAUUAGAUGGAAUCACAGUGUUGGAAAAAAGAACUAAUGUACCUCAGACUCUGAAAUUGUUACUGUUCUUCACAGAACACAGAACAGUACAACACAGGAACAGGCCCAUUGCAUCAUGAUGUCUGCUUAGAAUACAAUGCUGAAUUAAACCAUAUUCAUGUGUCUAUCUAAAAUCCUCUGAAACUCUGUUAUCUGCUUCCCCCAGCAGACCAUUCUGGGCAACUACAACUCUCUGUGUACAAAAAAUUGUCUUGCUUAUCUUGGUCAUUGAGUCAUGGAAUACUACAGCACAGAAACAAGCCUUUCGGCCCAUCUAGUCUGCACUGAACCAUUAAUCUGCCUCAUCCCAUCGACCUGCACCUGGACCAUAGCCCUCCAUACCCCUCCCAUCUAUGUAGCUAUCCAAAUUUCUUUUAAAUGUUGAGAUCAACCAGCACCUUCAACUUGUGCCAGCAGCUUGUUCCACACUCUUACCACCCUUUGAGUGAAGAAGUUACCCCUCAUGUUCUCCUUAAACAAUUCGCCUUUCAACCUUAACCCAUGACCUCCAGUUGUAUUCUCAUUUAACCUCAGUGGAAAAAGCCUGCUUGCAUUUACCCUAUCUAUAUCCCUCAUAAUUUUACAUAUCUCUAUCAAAUCUCUCCUCAAUCUUGUAAUCAUCCUUGUAAACCUCACACUUGUCUGCACUAAAUUUCAUUUUUCCAUAUCACUUUUCAGCCUAUUUUUCUGGAUGGUCCAGAUCUCGCUGCAAGCUUUGGCAGUCUUCUUCACUGUCACACACACAAUCUUGCUGUCAUCUGCAGUUUUGCUGAUCUGGUUUAACACAUUAUCAUCCAGACCUUUGUUAUAGAUGACUAGCAACAAUGGACACAGCAUCGAACCCUGCAGCUCUCCACUAGCCACAGGCCUCCAGUCAGAGCGGUAUCUAUCUACUACCACUCUCUGGCUUCUCCCACAAAGCUAAUGUCUAAUCCAAUUUACCACCUCAUCUUGAAUGCUGAGUGACUGAACCUUCUUGAUCACCCUCCCAUGUGGGGUCUUGUCAAAGGCCUUGCUAAAGUUCAUGUAGAUAACAGCCACUACCUUCCCUUCAUCAACCUUCCUGGUCACUCCUUCAAAAAACUCCAUAGGAUUGUUCAGACAUGACUUACCGCUCACAAAACCAUGCUGACUAUCCCUAAUCAGUCCCCGUCUAUCCAAAUACUUAUAUACCAAGCCCAUUAGAAUACCUUCCAGUAACUUGCCCAUUACUGAUGUCAGACUCACUACAACUUCCUGGUUUAUUCUUACAGCCUUCCUUAAACAAUGGAACGCAUUAGUUAUCCUCCAGUCCUCCGGCAUCUCACCAAUGGCGAAGGAUGUUUGAAAUAUCUCUGCUAGGGCCUUUUCAAUUUCUGCUCUAGCCUUCACAGGGUCCGAGGGAACACCUUGUCUGGUUCUGGGAAUUUAUCCACUCUAAUUUGCCUCAAGACAGCAGACAGCUCCUCCUCUGUAAUCUGCAUGAUCACGUUGCCCCAUUGGCUCACGUCUGUGUUCAUCUCCCAAGUAAAUACAGAUGCAAAAAAUCCAUUUAAUAUCUCGUUUGGUUCUACACAUAGAUUACCAUGCUGAUCUUCCAGAGGACCAAUCUGUUGUUUGCUAUCCUUUUGCUCCUUAUAUAUUUAUAGAAGCCCUUAGGAGUCUUCUUCACCUUGUCUGCCAGAGCAACCUCAUGCCUACUGAUUUUCUUCUUAAGCUAUGUACCUUUCUUUUUCUUAAUCAGGGCCUCAAUAUCUUUUGAAAACCACAUUUCCAUAAACCUGUUAUCCUUGCCUUUUGCUCUGACAGGAACAUACAAACGCUGUACAAUCAAACUGUCACUUCUGAAGGCCUCCCACUUAACAAGUACACUUUUGCCAGAGAACAACCUAUCCCAAUUCACACUUGCCAGAUCCUUUCUGAUACCAACAAACUUGGUCUUUCACCAAUUUAGAAUCUACACCCGAGGUCCAGACCUAUCCUUUUCCAAAAUUGCCUUGAAACUAAUGGCAUUAUGAGCACUAGGUGCAAAGCGUUCCCCUACACAAACUUCUCUCACCAUAUCUUCUGUAGAUUUUCUCUCAUUCACCUUAAAUGCAUGUCCUGUAGAAUUUGUUAUUUCUGCACUGAUAGUAAGAUUCUGACUGUCUAUCUUCUGUUAGCUUCUCAUCAGUUUUAAGCUUCUGUCAGUCCCAAUGCUCCAAAACAACCAAAGUUUGUUCAAGGUCUCCUCAUGGUUCAUACCCUCUAAUUCCUAACUUCAGAUUGGGGAAUUAGUUAGCAGGCCUGCGGGUGUCCUGGGCAGGAUCAACAAUGAUGUCCUGAAACGUUGAAUAGAAAUGGUUAAGGUAAUGUCCUAUCACUUGAUACUUCCCUUCCAUUUAGUUACUUUGCCAGAGGUGAACUGGCAUUGAAGCUGGCUGCUUCAUCUUGAGCAUCUCCCGUUCCAGUAGAUUUGAAGAUCCAAGUUUAUUUAUAAAAUAUAGAAAUAAAGAAAAGCUACGGCAUAAUACAGGCCCUUCGGCCCCCAAAGUUCUGCUGAACAUGUCCCUACCUUAGAAAUUACUAGGGUUACCCAUAGCCCUCAAUUUUUCUAAGCUCCAUGUACCUAUCCAAAAGUCUCUUAAAAGACCCUAUCGUAUCCGCCUCCACCACCGUCACCAGCAGCCCAUUCCACACACUCACCACUCUCUGCAUAAAAAAAACUUACCCCUGCCAUCUCCUCUGUACCUACUCCCCAGCACCUUAAAUCUGUGUCCUCUUGUGGCAGCCAUUUCAGCCCUGAGAAAAAGCCUCUGACUAUCCACAUGACCAAUGCCUCUCAUCAUCUUAUACACCUCUAUCAGGUCACAUCUCAUCCUCAGCCGAGUUCACUCAACCUAUUCUGAUAAGGCAUGGUCCCCAAUCCAGGCAACAUCCCUGUAAAUCUCCUCUGCACCCUUUCUAUGCUUUCUACAUCCUUCCUGUAGUGAGGCAACGUGUACAUCGAAGCAUAUGGUGAAAUGUGCCAUUUGCGUUAACAACCAACAGAUCCAAGGAUGUGCUGGGGGCAGCCCACAAGAGUCGCCGCACAUCCCGUGCCAACAUAGCAUGCCCACAAUGCUUGGCAGAAGAACACAGAACACGAUGAGCAACAGAACAGCAGCAGCAAAACAAGACCCGUUCCUCCCUCCCACCAACCAAUGCACAGACACAUUCUCUAAGCCCAAUACAUUUCAUAUUCUUCAGCUCCCGUGGACUUGGAUCUGGACCCUUUUGACUACCCCAGCGACCAUGCACUAUAGCUGACUCCUAAAAUGAAUGCCAUCAUAUAUAGCAGGCAACGUUAUUAUGUAACAGGCUAAUUCCCUAUCUCAAAUACCCAAUGGGUUUUGCUUUAUUAUAUAAAUAUUAAGACAGGUGUGGCAACAGAGAUGUUCUUGUUGGUAAAGAUAAUGCACAAAUCAAGAUCAUUUCCAGUGCUACUCCCAUUGAUGUCACUUAGCCAUUCAGAUCCCACCUGAU